CCUCUAUCCGGCGAAAGCGGGCGGCGGCGGCCGGAGCAAGCGAGGCGCGCGCCGGGCGCCUGUGGCAGGCGGCGGCGGCGGCCCAGCGCCAGGACGACGCCGCGCAGCGCCCGACGCGGACCACUUUCAUGCUGAUUCCCCCGGACCCGGGCAGCGCUCCGGCCACUCCGCGGGCCGCCGGCCUCCGCCCCGGCCUGCCUGGCUCUCUGGGCGCGCCUGAGAUCGGCGCCUCUGCUCUCCUAGUCCUCCUGAUUUCGAUGGCUUUCCUGAAUGGCUGACUGUGGGCUGCCCUGGACUUGGCCCCCGGACAGUCGCCUCUCCUCCUCCUCCUCCUCCUCCUCUUCCUCCUCCUCCUCCAACUCCUCGGCUGCACACCAGCUCUGAGAGCGAGAGAGUGAACGAGAGAGGGAGGGAGAGAGUGAGAGCGAGGGAGAUCUUUGGAGAGAUUUUUUUUUUUUUUUUGCCUCCUACUUCUGUCUUGAAGCCAGACAAUCGACUUGCAGCUCUCCCUCCCCUCCCUCUCUCUCCACGUUCUGCGCCCACUUGCUCUCCCCCGGCCCCAUCCCCUCCCCUCCCGGCGGAAAGCCCCCCGAAAGCAACAAAGCUGAGCCGAGAGAAACAAACAAAACAAACACACCGGGCCAGACAAGCAAUCGACAAAACUUUGCAAAGCAGAAACAAAAAAGGAAAAACUAACCAACCUCAACCAACCAGACCCCGAGCCACCCGGGGCGCCCUCUCGCACCCUUGCACACACAAAAGGCGGCGCGCCGGAGCCCGAGACCCGGGAGCCGCCGCCGCCCGCAGCCAGGGGAGCAGGAAGUCCGGACGCGGCCCCCAUAGAUAUGGCAAUGGUAGUCAGCACGUGGCGCGACCCCCAGGACGAGGUGCCCGGCUCUCAGGGCAGCCAGGCCUCGCAGGCGCCGCCCGUGCCCGGCCCGCCGCCCGGCGCCCCGCACACACCACAGACGCCCGGCCAAGGGGGCCCGGCCAGCACGCCGGCCCAGACGGCGGCCGGCGGCCAGGGCGGCCCUGGCGGUCCGGGCGGCGAUAAGCAGCAGCAGCAGCAGCACAUCGAGUGCGUGGUGUGCGGGGACAAGUCGAGCGGCAAGCACUACGGCCAGUUCACGUGCGAGGGCUGCAAGAGCUUCUUCAAGCGCAGCGUGCGGAGGAACCUGAGCUACACGUGCCGCGCCAACCGGAACUGUCCCAUCGACCAGCACCACCGCAACCAGUGCCAGUACUGCCGCCUCAAAAAGUGCCUCAAAGUGGGCAUGAGACGGGAAGCGGUGCAGAGGGGCAGGAUGCCGCCCACCCAGCCGACCCACGGGCAGUUUGCGCUGACCAACGGGGACCCCCUCAACUGCCACUCGUACCUGUCCGGAUAUAUUUCUCUGCUGCUGCGCGCCGAACCCUAUCCCACGUCGCGCUUCGGCAGCCAGUGCAUGCAGCCCAACAACAUCAUGGGCAUCGAGAACAUUUGCGAACUGGCCGCGCGGAUGCUCUUCAGCGCCGUCGAGUGGGCCCGGAACAUCCCCUUCUUCCCUGACCUGCAGAUCACCGACCAGGUGGCCCUGCUUCGCCUCACCUGGAGCGAGCUGUUCGUGCUGAACGCGGCACAGUGCUCCAUGCCCCUCCAUGUCGCCCCGCUACUGGCCGCCGCCGGCCUACACGCCUCGCCCAUGUCCGCCGACCGGGUGGUCGCCUUUAUGGACCACAUACGGAUCUUCCAAGAGCAAGUGGAGAAGCUCAAAGCGCUGCACGUCGACUCCGCCGAGUACAGCUGCCUCAAGGCCAUAGUCCUGUUCACCUCAGAUGCCUGUGGUCUCUCUGAUGUAGCCCAUGUGGAAAGCUUGCAGGAAAAGUCCCAGUGUGCUUUGGAAGAAUACGUUAGGAGCCAGUACCCCAACCAACCAACGCGAUUCGGAAAGCUUUUGCUUCGCCUCCCUUCCCUCCGCACGGUCUCCUCCUCAGUCAUAGAGCAAUUGUUUUUCGUCCGUUUGGUAGGUAAAACCCCCAUCGAAACCCUCAUCCGGGAUAUGUUACUGUCCGGCAGCAGUUUUAACUGGCCGUAUAUGGCAAUUCAAUAAAUAAAUAAAUCAAGAUAAGAAGGGGGAGUGAAACAGAGAGAAAGAAAAGGCAAAAGACUGGUUUGUUUGCUUAAAUUCUUUCUAUUAAGAAAGGAUAUAAAAGGAUGUUACAAGUUUGCUAAAAGAAGAGAGGGGAAGAAUUUAAUGGACUGUGAAUUUCCAAAAAAAAAAAGACUGUCAAAUGAACUUUUACAGAAUGCAUUAAAAAAAAAAACAAAAAAACAAAAACUCCUGUGUCGGUCAGAACAACUUGCUACUUAUCAUUUUUGUAUAAAAAGGAAAUUAGUCUUUUUCUUUUUUUGGUAAAUUUUGGAAAAAUAUUGCUAAAAGUGCAUUUAAGGAGAUUGGGAGAAAAUUAGCAGAAUGGAGAAAGUAAGUCUUUUUUUUUCCAAAUUAUUAAUUGUCCUGUGUCUAUGUACCUCUAGCUGUUCUUUUUUGUACUUUUCUGGUUCCAAACCAGUUUAUUCUGUGGUUCUAUAAUAAGUUUUGAUAUAAUCUUGGCUUCUUAAAAACUGUGUAUCCUUAAAAUAUAUGUUCUGCAAGAAUUAAAACUCAGUCCAUGAAAAUAUCAUAGGAAGACAUAAAACUUUAAAAGGCAACUCAAAGAUGAUGGAAACGCACUUACAAGUGGUGACCAAAAAUUUUAGGUGAAGUUGAGCACUCUAAUUUGAGAACUGGAGGAACCACAUACAACACUUAACUUCCCCUUCCCUGCCCCCCCCCAAAAAAGAUACCAUGACAAACCUAGCUUUUUAAAAAUAUUUUAAGAAAGAGAAUGAACUGUGGAAUUUAUUGGCAGCCAAGGAAUGUGUCCAAGACACAUGCUGAGGUUUUGAAUAAAAAGUGAACUUUUGUAAUUUGAAUUGGGUCCCGCUUAGUUCUUGAAUUGUUAUGAAAAUCCUAUAUCUGUUUGUAUAUUUGCAAACCCUUUGUAUUAUAAUUGUUGAUAUUUUCCCUUUUUAAAAAAUACCAUUGAAAUCAGCAUGACAAAAUAACACUGUUGGCACUUAUAGGUAACGUGAUUGAUUCAGUAUCUUAGAGUUUACAGUUUGUGUUUUAAAAAAACUGAAGGUUUUUUUUUAAGUGCAACAUUUCUGUAUACUGUAAAAGUUAUAAUAACUGAACUGUUUGGUCGAGUCUUUGUGUGUUAUAUUCCAAGGAAAAUUGAAAGUAUUCAGAAAUUAAAAUAUUAUUUGAUAUCUGAAA